ACUUCACGUGCAUGACUCGCACUCGUUAAUCGGCGUUUUUCUGAUCUGCAUUAUCUGUGUGAAUCAGCACGAAGUAGAAAGAGUAGGACAAAAUUAAGUGGACAAAUUGGUCAAGAGUUGUUGCGAAUUCUCACAGAAGUCAACUUGGUCACAUCGCGGGGACAGAGAACCAAAAUCACAGUGGAAAACAGAAAGAGACAGGGAUAGCGGUAUCAGACAAAUAUGGGAAAAUCAUCAAAAGAUAAGAGAGACGCCUACUACCGUCUGGCAAAAGAAGAGGGAUGGCGAGCCAGAUCAGCCUACAAACUUCUCCAACUAGACGAAGAAUUCAACCUAUUCGAAGGAGUCACACGAGUUGUCGAUCUAUGCGCCGCACCAGGAAGCUGGAGUCAAGUACUCUCACGUGUACUCAUUAAAGGAGAGAAGUUUGGACGAGCAGGUUGGCAAGAUAAGCAAGCUGCCGCAAGAAGUUAUGUACUGGGUCUUGAUAAGAAAGAGUCAACUACGCAGGCUACCCCUCCAUCAGAAGUAAAAGUGGAGGACAAACCAAAACCUAGAGAAGGCGUACGCAUCGUAGCCAUUGACCUCCAGCCCAUGAGCCCCCUCGAAGGUGUAACAACAAUGCGCGCAGACAUCACUCACCCCUCCACCAUUCCUCUGAUGCUCAAAGCCCUGGACCCAGACACAUACGACCCCGCCGCACCUCAAGGCUCAUCCCCUGUUGACCUUGUCAUCUCGGACGGCGCACCCGAUGUCACUGGACUGCACGAUCUAGACAUAUACGUACAAAGCCAGCUCUUGUGGGCGGCGCUCAACCUCGCUCUCUGCGUGCUGAAACCUGGGGGCAAGUUCGUAGCGAAGAUCUUUCGAGGCAAGGAUGUCGAUCUGCUGUUCGCACAGUUGAAGAUCGUGUUUGAAAGGGUGCGUGUAGCGAAACCCAGGAGUAGUCGUGCAAGUAGUAUCGAGGCGUUCGUUGUAUGCGAGGGCUUUUGUCCACCAGAAGGUUUCACUGCUAGUUUGGACAAGCCGCUCGGCGCGGGGACGCAAUUACCUACCCCAGCACCUUCGGACACGCAGAAACAUGAGAAGAAGGUCACUCGACGUGUUCGAGAGGACGGGGCUACUGAGAUUGAUCUGGGUUCUGAGACUGAAGAUGAACACGACAUCGAGGAAGGCGGACAGCGAUGGAUAGCACCGUUCCUGGCUUGUGGUGAUCUAUCGGCGUAUGAUUCGGAUGCAACGUAUCACCUCCCUAAGGACAGGGUCAGUCUGGAUCCCGUGCAACCACCUACUGCGCCACCAUACAAGAGGGCGCUAGAGAUGCGGAAACUGGCUGGUGGUGCAUAUGGAAAGACAAAAGGGAGGGUAGAGAAGGAAGCGAAGUAAACGCUCAAUGCAGAUACCCUUACGCACUUAUUAGCGUCCAACAGUUUCUAUGCAAUUUGCAAAUUGCAUAGUUGUUGGCCUAAAGAACUUCCCCCCAA